AUGUGUGGCAUUUGUUGUUCUAUAAGCUUCUCUGCUGAGAAUUUCAGUAAAGAUUUAAAGGAGGAUUUACUGUAUAAUCUUAAGCGACGCGGACCCAAUAUUAGUAAACAGCUGUCAAAGUCUGCUGUUAACUACCAGUGUCUAUUUUCUGGUCAUGUACUUCACUUGAGAGGUGUUUUGACUGCGCAGCCUCUGGAAGAUGGAAGAGGCAAUGUGUUCCUGUGGAAUGGAGAAGUCUUCAGUGGAAUAAAGGUUGAAGCUGAAGAGAAUGAUACUCAAAUUAUGUUUAAUUAUCUUUCCUUUUGUGAGGAUGAAUCUGAUAUUUUGUCACUCUUCUCAAAAGUUCAAGGUCCUUGGUCUUUUAUAUAUUAUCAAGCAUCUAGUCAUUAUUUAUGGUUUGGUAGGGAUUUUUUUGGUCGCCGCAGCUUGCUUUGGCAUUUUAGUAAUUUGGGCAAGAGUUUCUGCCUCUCUUCAGUUGGUACCCGAACAUCUGGAGUGGCAAAUGAGUGGCAAGAAAUUCCAGCAUCUGGAGUUUUCAGAAUUGAUCUUAAAUCUGCUGCCAUAACCAGAUGUGUAGUCUUAAAAUUGUAUCCUUGGAAAUAUAUUUCUAGGGAGACUAUUGUUGAAGAUAGCUUGACUAAGAUUUCAGCAGACUUACCGGCAUUUGUAUCAGUGGUACUAAGUGAAGCCAAACUAUACCUUGAAAAACCCGUUGUUCCUUUAAAUAUGUUAUUGCCGCAAGCUCCAUUAGAGACUCACUGCAGCAGUAAUGCCAGCAUGACGCCUACCAGAGAGACCCUUCAGGCCCUUCUUGCUGAUGGACAUACGAAGGAAGUAAUUCAGCAGUUCAUUGAUGUCCUGAGUGUUGCAGUCAAGAGACGUGUCUUGUUUUUACCGAGGGGCAAAAAUCUGGCGCCAAAUGAAGUUUUAAAAACUUGUGAAAGGAAAGCCAAUGUUGCAAUCCUGUUUUCUGGGGGCAUUGACUCCAUGGUUAUUGCAACCCUUGCUGACCGUCAUGUUCCUUUAGAUGAACCAAUUGAUCUUCUUAAUGUAGCUUUCAUGACUGAAAAAAAGACAGUGCCAACUAACUAUAACAAAAAAAGGAGUAAACAGAAAAAUCGUCAUGAAAUACCUUCUGAAGAUUUCACUAAAAAUGUUGCUGCCACAGAGGAUGACAGUCCUGAUAAACAAUUCAGUGUACCAGAUCGAAUCACAGGAAGAGCAGGACUAAAGGAACUACAAGUGAUUAACCCUUCCCGAAUUUGGAAUUUUGUUGAAAUUAAUGUUUCUCUGGAAGAACUGCAGGAAUUAAGAAGAAUGCAAAUAUCUCACUUAAUUCGGCCCUUGGAUACAGUUUUGGAUGAUAGCAUUGGCUGUGCAGUCUGGUUUGCUUCUAGAGGAAUUGGUUGGUUAGUGACCCAGGAUAAAGUAAAAUCAUACCAGAGCAGUGCAAAGGUAGUUCUCACUGGAAUUGGUGCAGAUGAGCAACUAGCAGGCUAUUCUCGUCAUCGUGUCCGCUUUCAGGCACAUGGCCUAGAGGGAUUGAAUAAUGAAAUAAUGAUGGAACUGGGUCGAAUUUCCUCUAGAAAUCUUGGCCGUGAUGACAGAGUUAUCAGUGAUCAUGGAAAAGAAGCAAGAUUUCCUUUCCUGGAUGAAAAUGUUGUCUCCUUUCUAAAUUCCCUGCCAGUUUGGGAAAAGGCAAACUUGACUUUACCCCGUGGAAUUGGUGAAAAACUAAUAUUACGCCUUGCAGCUGUGGAACUUGGUCUCAUAGCCUCUGCUCUUCUGCCGAAACGAGCCAUGCAGUUUGGAUCAAGAAUUGCAAAGAUAGAAAAGAACAAUGAAAAGGCAUCUGAUAAAUGUGGAAGGCUCCAAAUCAUUUCCUGAGAUAACCUAUCUGUUGAAAAGUAGAUUAAAUUAUAAUAUGAUUUCACGAUGUAACAAUACUGAAUGAUAGAUACAUAAAAACAAAAUACUUUGCUGCUUAUGAAUGUAGUGAUUUUUAAGGUUCCUUUAGGUGUGUUUUUGCUUUUGCUGUCACAGAACUCCAAAAACAUGGCAUUUCCUGAGUGAUGGGAAUGUCCUUUGUUAUUUGUAAUGAAACCCUUUUGAUCAUACCUGA